UAGGAAAUGGAGCCACGUGCUCUAAGAUUUCGGGUGGGGCGAUCUUGGAGGGAAGAUGAGUGGCGAGUCGCUUACAUUAGAUUGCCUGGUCCAUAUUUUCUCGUACCUGGAAGCUCCGGAUUUACUCAGAAUAGCCCAAGUGAAUAAGACAUGGCUCGAAGCAACAGAGACUACUUCUCUUUGGAGAAAUAUGUGCCUAAAUCAGUGGGCAUUCUGCAAUAUCUCAGUGAUCCCAGGAAUGCAGACGUGGAAAAAAUACUAUCUCCAGCGUUCUAAUAUUGAGCAUAAAAUGAUGUCAGGACGGCCUUCGGUUGACUACACAUGUAAAGCCAUGAGAGGACAUGAAGGAGAGAUAGAAGAUAUGGCUUACCUGUCCCCUAAGGAGCACACAUUUGCCACGAGAGAGGUGAAAUCGAAGGUGUGCACUGUAUCUAGUGAUGGCACUGUCAAGGCAUGGGAUGCCCAAGAGGGUACACAGAUUUGGUCGAGUCCCAAACAGGAAACAAAACUAGUACAAGUUAUCACACUCCCUCAGCAUAAUCUGGUUGUCACAGGAGAUUUGUCUGGGACAAUCAAACUUUGGCAUGGGGACACAGGGGAAGAGCUUGGAGCUUUUUCAGCAGACUCCACAUUCUGCCCUGCAGUUGCCUACACAAUAAACAAUAAGCUAUUUCUAUCGAUAGCCUCUUCAAGUGAAAAAAUCUAUACGUUGGCAGCUCCUACUCUAAGUCAGAUUUCUUGUAUAAGACCAUUCCCAAAUUGUGGUGUAAAUCUGUCUCAGUGUUCACCAGAUGGGCAAUCAAUAGUUGUCCUUCCUCUAGAUGGCAACGACGCUCCAAAGGUACUUUAUACACAUUAUGCAACUAAUCCAGAAGACGAUCGACUGAUGUUCUCUAGUCCUCUGCCAAUCAAUACAUGUGUUUUUGUCACCUGCUGGUUACCAGCAGAACCAGCAAGGAUAGCCUUAAUGCAUGAUGCAGAUCAACCCUAUAACAUCACAACCUUUGAUAUAACCGUACAGAAAUCAAAGUAUAAAAUGAAUAUUGUCGCUCAACAGGUUGCAACCUUCAGAUUACCAAAGAAACAUACAUCUAUUCAUCACAGGACCAUUGCAGGAUUUGGGAAACAAACUCUUGUUAUAGCAUUGGAUAUGGAGUUGAAAUUAUACUCUCUGAAUGGGACUGAAUUAUGCACUUUCCAAGAUCACAAGAAGACGAUUACAUCAAUAUGGGUGGAUCCUUUUCGUGUUGUCACAUCAUCCUUAGAUCUCUCACUCUGUGUGUACACCUGGAAAAAUGAAAACAAAAUGCCUUCCCUCAUUAGUCGCUAUCAUUUAAUAGGAGGAUCUCAUAGAUGGUCAAGAGGCUUUACAAACGUGGCCUGUGAUGAUGUGACCAUUGUUGGUGUAGUGGCUCAAGUGGAUCAGAAAGACAUUUUAAGGGUAUACUGCUUUGAUUUGUAAGAUUUAAUUCCAUUUAACAUUCAUCUAAGAGACUUCACAUAAAUCAGUCUCACAAGUAUAUAAUUGUGUGCAGAGGAGACACAACUAGCUUUAAAAAGUCACUAAGUACUAUACAGAAAAAUUUACGCAAUUUAACUAGCAUAGGAUGAGACAAAGAUUAAUAUUUAUUUAUACCAGAAAUAAAUCACUUGGUCAUCUGCUUGUA